AUGAAAGUGCUGAUCUCUUCGCUCUUUCUAUCCGCCGCUCUUUCCAUCGCCCUACCAUCACUUUCUCUUGCUCACGCCGCCAGACAAUCGUCCCCGACGAGCAAACGAGAGCUUCACAUUAGAAACUCAACUGACGCGUCCAAAACGACUGACAACGCCGGCUACGACGAUAUCGCUAAUCUUGAAAAGCGAGAUGGCACAAAGUAUGUUUUUAUGCAUCAUAUUGUCGGCAAACAACCUGCUAACUCCCUUUCAGAUACCUACGACUACAAUUACGAUCUUUGGGUAAACGACUUCAACCAGAUACGAGCUAAGAACAUCGACGCUGUUGCACUAAACGUUGGACGCGAUUAUUGGGAGUGGGCACGGGUCCAGGACGCUUAUAACGCUGCAGCUGCAGUAGGCAUUGAUGUGUUCUUCUCUUUUGAUUAUACCUCUUUCGACUGCAGUGUCGACGAAACCGUGAACUGGGUUAAUACAUUCAGCGGCUCUCCGGCCCAAUUCAAGGUCGAUGGUCGUCCGAUGGUAUCCAGCUUUUCCGGGGAUUGUUUAGGCCCUGGCGGCUGGCAAGCCGUUCGCGACAGGACGGGUGGUUUUCUAAUGCCAUUCAUUUAUAACAUAGAUUACCAACAGUUGAGGAGGGGUGCAAGUUAUGGGUUUUUGGACUCUUGGCAGUGUUGGGGUUGUGCGUGGCCGCAAGGAGACCAAGACAAGACCACCCAAGAUGAUCAUUAUUACAUGGAUAUUCUGGGGCCUGACAGAUAUGCUGCCACCGUUAGUGGUUGGUUCUUUACCCAUUAUAACUACAAGAACUUCUACCUUCGUGGCGACGCAUGGCUGUUUCUCACUCGAUGGGAGGAGCUAAUUUCUAUGCGAGACCAGCUGCGAUUUGUGGAAGUGUUGACUUGGAAUGAUUUCGGGGAAUCGCACUAUCUCAACUCCGGGCCUCCCACAGCAGGAUCUCAGCCUUAUGGCACUACUUGGACUAAUGGAUAUCCUCAUGAUGCGUUCUUCGACCUCAUAAAUUAUUACAUCGAGGCUUUCAAGACGGGGACUUACCCAGCUAUUACAAGUGAUACCAUUUACUUCUGGUCGCGCCCUCAUCCCGCCGGAAUAAACGCGAAUAACGACGGUUUGUCCAGGCCCCAAGGCUGGGAUUGGGCCUCCGACGUUAUGUGGGUAGCAGUCUUCUGUUCUUCGACCUGCAGUGUCACUCUCCAAGUCGGGAGUUACUCGCAAGACUUCAACAACCUAUCUUACGGAGUUAACAAGAUUAGUCUUCCGUUGAACGCUUUCGGGUCUGUGACAGUCAAGAUGAGAAAGAAUGGCCAGGAGGUCAUUAAUUACACUCCGAGCGAUUUUCAAUAUCAAGGAUGGACUGACCAAUACAAUUUCAACGCUUAUGUUGGCUCUGCCAGUGCCUCCGGAUCGCUCUAA